AUGGUGCCGGCGUCCCCCGCCCCGAGCGCGCGCCCCGCCUCCCGGAGCAGCCGCGAGCCCCCGGCCCGCCCGAGGGGCCCGCGGGGGGUGCCCGCGCCCCGCAGCACACAGGGGAGCGCCCCGGCGGCUCGCGCCCAGCCUCCGGCCCGGCCCUCCGCUCGCCGCCGCCGGCGCCCUCCGCGCCGCUCCGCUCGCAGCGCCGACUGCCGCCGCCGCCGCCGCCGCCGCCGCCGGCCGGGGGCGUGGCCCGCGGCCUCCCACGUCCCCAGCUGCGCUAAUCCACGGCCGAGAGCCGCGCGCCAGGCGAGAGCAGACGAUGACCGAGCCGCGGCGCCCGCCCUCCGCACUCCGCGGGGCUACUGCCCCCGCGCGGCCAGCGCCCGGCAAGAGCGGCGGCGGGAGAGAAUUAUUUUCAGCAAAAUUGAGCCAAGAAUGAUUUCCCAGAUAGCCCCUUACCUGACUUUAUGGCCUUCCUCAUUAGCAACGGACACUGCCAUCUGGCCAAUCGAUGAACCCACACUGACACUUGUCAUCGUUCAGAACCCAUCAGUUACACUGGCAUUUACUCCUGGUGUUAUACAUUCCAUGGGUUUGGACAAAUACAUAGUGACCGAUAGCCAUCGUUAA